AUAUAUACACAUCAGCGCGCUCCCUCGAUUUCAUUCGCUAUCGAAACGUGAAAGAAAGCAGACGUGCGUCCGGGUACUAUGCGAAUUGCAGAUUACAAAUAUAUAAACCAUAAAUACGCGUUUUAAAGGCAGCUUCGCAAGACAAUUAACCAGCAAGCCCAACUGAGAGAGGAAAAGCACGAAAAUGCCGAGCCCAACAAAAGCAGCGGAGGCAGCAACAAAGGCAACAGCAACAAGUGACUGCAGCUGCAGCGCUGCCAGUGUUGAGCAGCGCGCCCCCUCAAACGCGGCUAACCCCUCGUCCUCACUAGCCACUAGCGGUAAAAUUGGCGGCAAAACACAAGAUCAAACGGCCGCCAUUAACAAGCAAAAGGAAUUUGCCGUGCCAAACGAAACCAGUGAUUCGGGCUUCAUCUCCGGCCCGCAAUCCUCGCAGAUCUUCAGCGAGGAGAUAGUCCCCGAUAGAGAGGAGCAGGAUAAGGAUCAGCAGGAGUCGGCACCCCAAAAGGAACAGCCCGUUGUCCUCGAUUCCGGUAUUAUCGACGAAGAAGAGGAUCAGGAGGAGCAGGAGAAAGAGGAGGAGCACCAGGACACCACCACUGCCACCGCCGAUUCAAUGCGACUCAAACACAGCGCGGACACAGGCAUCCCACAAUGGACCGUCGAAAGCCAUUUGGUCAGUCGCGGCGAACAGCUCAACAAUCUUGGCCAGAGCAGCAGCACCCAAAUCACCGGUCGCAGCAAGGUUCAAUCCUCCACAGCCAGCACGGCGAACGCGAAUCCUUCGGGAUCGGGAGCAACAUCAUCCGCUCCGCCCAGCAGCAUCAACAUCAUGAACGCCUGGGAGCAGUUCUAUCAACAAAACGACGACGGCGACACACCUUUGCACCUGGCCUGUAUUUCGGGAUCAGUGGACGUGGUGGCCGCUCUGAUUCGCAUGGCUCCUCAUCCGUGCCUGCUCAACAUUCAGAACGAUGUGGCCCAGACUCCCCUUCAUCUGGCCGCUCUUACUGCCCAGCCGAACAUCAUGAGGAUACUUUUACUCGCCGGAGCAGAGCCCACGGUGCGCGAUCGUCAUGGAAACACCGCCCUGCAUCUUUCCUGCAUCGCCGGAGAGAAACAGUGCGUCCGUGCCUUGACAGAGAAGUUCGGCGCCACGGAAAUCCAUGAGGCACACCGACAAUAUGGACACCGGUCCAACGACAAGGCGGUCAGUUCGCUGAGCUACGCCCGUCUGCCCGCCGAUCUGGAGAUUCGUAACUACGAUGGAGAACGCUGUGUGCAUUUGGCCGCCGAAGCGGGUCACAUUGAUAUCUUACGCAUUUUGGUAUCCCAUGGAGCCGACAUUAACGCCAGGGAGGGCAAAUCGGGCCGCACACCGCUGCACAUUGCGAUCGAGGGCUGCAACGAGGAUCUGGCCAACUUCCUGCUCGAUGAGUGCGAGAAGCUGAACCUGGAAACGGCCACCUACGCCGGCUUGACGGCCUACCAGUUUGCGUGCAUCAUGAACAAGUCGCGCAUGCAGAACAUCCUGGAGAAGCGCGGAGCGGAGACCGUAACGCCUCCGGACAGUGAUUACGACAGUAGCGAUAUCGAAGAUCUAGACGAUACGAAGGUGAGCGUCAGUGCUUAAGAACAUGUACCAAGAAAAGAUCACUGCGAUCGCGUAGAGCGUAAGACACAAUUUGAAAUGGGCCACCACCAGCUUCCAAAAUGUUCAAAAACUAAGUAAGAGAGGGGAAGUCCCCAGCUGAACUGGUAUUCAGCGAGAAAAUAUUGUUACACUUGAGAAACUCUAACUAUUGUAACACAAUGUAUUGUUAACCAAAAAAAAAACGAAGAUAACUAUGAAUCAAAAACAAAAGAAAAAGAAAAAAGCAAACAGCAGGGUAGCAGCAAGUAAAGAAAUUAUCCACCCAUAAUCUAGGGUAUCUAUGUUUUAGUAGAGCCCGCUCAAAAACAAAUUGAACCAACAUAGUUUAUGCAUCGUUUACAAGCAGUUUUGCAAAGCGUAGAAAGAUACAAUAUUAUCCGGAGUACUUUCGUGCACUGUACCAAUUUAAAAAUAUAUUAAGGUGUCCAAUGUAAAACUCGAUGUUUGUUGCUAAUUCUCUCUACCUACGUACGAGUAUAUGUAUUUGUGUGUGUCUGUUUCUGUAUGUUUGUAAUUUUUGUAUGUGCGUGCGCGUGUGCGUGAAUCGACCAACUAAUCUAUUAUACAAAAUUGAAUCAUAAACCGUAGUACUAAGCUAGCUAAAUCUAAUUGAUGUUUUCAUGUUCUGACUGAAUGAAAUAAUGUUGCAAAAUAAAUAUUUUAUUCUACAAAAAAAAA